AUUAUAACAUUCAUUUGGAACGUCCACCAUACUAGAUAAAUAUUGGGAUGAUCACCAUAUUAAUGUUGGGAUGAUCACCGUACUAGAUAAAUGUUUGACUGGUCCUGGAAUCUAUAAAUAAGAACAUAAAAUGGAAGAAAUCCGAGUAUCUAUUAUAGGAAAGACAGGGGUUGGUAAGAGCGCAUUAGGGAAUGCGCUGUUACAACACAAUAUCUUUAAAUCACAACAACAGAUUACCUCUGUAACAUCAGAAUGUGGUUCGGGACAACGACAUCUUCAGUUAAACGGUGUAGAUACCUUACUAAAAGUUGUGGAUACACCAGGUUUGUUUGACACGGGUAACAGUAACAAAACAAUAGCCAAGGAAAUCGUUAAAUGUAUUCAUAUUUUAUCACCAGGGCCGCAUUUAUUUAUUAUGGUAUUCAGAAUUGACUUAAGACUCUCAAAAGAGGACAUAAAAGUUCUUGAAUAUUUUAAAAACACUUUCGGUGAACUGAUUGAUAAAUUUGCCGUUGUGGUGUUUACUGGGAAAGAUCUACUGGUUGAUCGAAGUGAAGAUGGUGCUAUAGGCGACUUUCAUACUCAUUUGUCAACAUUUAGUGAUGUUUUUAAACACUGCCAAUCGGCAACGAUCAAUAAUGGAAGGAAACAUACAACAGAAGGAAAGACGAAGGAUGUUGAUGGAAUCUUACAAUUACUUCAGACAACUAUACAGAAAAAUGGUGGGGCCUAUUAUAAAAACGAAAUGUACGAAGUGGCGAAGAAGUUGUUUGAAGCCAGAAUACAAGACCAAGAAGUAGUCAAUCAAAACAGAUGGGCCGAAAUAGCUAAACUGACGAAGCAAAUUGAACAAUUCAAACAACGGGAAGAGGAACAAAAACAACGAGAAGAGCAAUGGGAAGAUCACCAAAAACAACGAGAAGAGGAACAAAAACAACGAGAAGAGCAAUGGGAAGAGCACCAAAAACAACGAGAAGAGGAACAAAAACAACGAGAAGCCAGAAUACAAGACCAAGAAGUAGUCAAUCAAAACAGAUGGGCCGAAAUAGCUAAACUGACGAAGCAAAUUGAACAAUUCAAACAACGGGAAGAGCAAUGGGAAGAGCACCAAAAACAACGAGAAGAGGAACAAAAACAACGAGAAGAGCAAUGGGAAGAGCACCAAAAACAACGGGAAAACGAUUUGAGAAAUUGGGAGCUAGCAUUGAAACCAAAAGAUGGACUGUCUUACACAGAACAAGCCACCACAUCAGCAUAUCAAUACGAGAGUCCACCUCGUGCCAAGAGGAGAAAGUUCAUAUCUAGAAGAGAGAAAGGGAUGAUGUCACCUGAAGAUAACAGUAGGAUAAUAUCUAACUAUUAUGACUCUAUAAUUAUUUAUGUAAUCUUGUAAUUAGUUCUUGUCCAUGGCUUAUUUGAAGAAUUUAACGAAAAUUAUGGGAAUAAUUUUGAGCGUGAAUGCCAACCUUUUCUGAAACCACGUGACUGUGAGAGGAUGAACAUUACUGAUUUUCAGCCAAAUUGAGGGCAAUUAUUGAGUGAACAAAAGACUGGAUGAAAUGGGAUUCAACGCCUUACAUGUCUGAGCAAAUAAAAUCUGGUAUACACCACGUAGCGUGCUAUGAAAUAUUUAUGUUACUUUGUAAGACCUACGGAUACCUAAACGUCGUCUCAUUGUCACUGUGCAAAUAGUACUGUUAUUGAUAAUCUCUGUGCAAUGUAGAGAGAAAUCAUUUUGCCUGGACAGCGAUGGCUCUGCCAACUUUCAUCAGCAUGUCAGUUUCGAUUUUGGGAUUUCCUCAUGGGUGUUUGAUAUUGGCAUUGAUCAAUCAAAAGUAGAGAAAAGAAGCCAUCAUGGUUUAAAGUUAAAAUGCGGAUCUUCCGUUUGUCCUCAAAUGUUAUAUAAAUCAUUAAUUCACAUGUCAAGCAUACAGUUUACCUCGUAAUUCAUUUUCGUCAAAGUAAUAUAAUUUUAUACGUUCACAUUAUAACUUUUAUUGUCGUCGCACCGUCCGUCCACAUUUUGUUUGUGGACACUCUACAGGUCAAAAAAUUUUAUCAGAUUUUGACGAAACUUGAAAUAUAGGUUUAUCUCCCAAAGAUCUCGCCUCCCUUCGAUAUCGGCGUGUAUUGGAUCGUAACUUCAUGGAUUAUGGCCCCUGAUUGUACGAAAAAUCGUGUCAUUAGCUUGUGGACAUAAAUUUGUUAUGUCGGACCGUAACACCCUGGAUUAUAGCACCUUAUUGUAUUUUUUCUUUUAGCUUGUUUUCUGUCCAUCUGGGCGCAUCUUGCAUGACAACGGCUUGUUAACAAUUUGAGUGGGGUGUCAUCUAUACUAGAGAAGACUCAAUAACCGUAUCUAUUGUUUUUACCAAACUCAUUUCGUCUUGUUGAACUCAUGCGCAUUGUUCUUACACUCAUUUCAAUUAUAAAACACAAGUCGUCAUUAAUAUUCCUUAUCAAUCAUAAUCUUCAAACGUAGUAUUCGUAUAAUUAUUCAUGUAAUAUUGUAAUUAGUUCUCGUCCAUGGCUUACAUCUAUAUGAAGAAUUUGACUUCCCACCUUUUCUGAAAACCAUGUAACCGAGAGAGGCUGGGUGCUAUUUUGUCUCAGUCAGAAGAUUUCAAAAUUUGGGGUAAUUAUUGAGUGAACAAAAGAUUGAAUGAGAUGUGAUUUAACGUCUUUCAUUUCUUCACCAACUCGGCAACUGAAAAUUGGUAUAUGCCAUACCGCGUACCGAGAUAUGUUGUUUAUAUUAUGUACACCACCGCCGCCAACACUGGAAUCCACCAGUGCAAGAUUCACUCUGUGAAUAGUACU